AUGCCAGGCGGAGGAGGUCUAAGUGGAAAAGGUUGUCGUCUUGCAAAGAAAGGCGGAGUGAUCCGUGGUCUCAGUGGCGGAACUGCCACAGAAGGAAAGGGUGAACAUGUUGCUAGUCCAGACGGUCUGAAAGGUGAUCUCAUACGGAGCCCUCCUGAUAGAAGACCGGGAAGCGGUGAUGACCCCGGAAGUCCUCUAGGUAACCUAUUAAGAGGCAUUCGGUUCUGGACUGGCGGAGGAACUGGGGGACGAGGUCGCACCAUUGGUGUCCCUGUACUUGGUGGUAAUACCGCUGAAUUUGAAGACGCCUAAAAGAUAAUAUGAACUUUCCUUAUUAAUGAUAAAUGAGAAAUCACUUUCUUAAUUUGAG